CGUAACCUAGCUAUAUAAUGAUCGGCUUUAGCUUGCCACACAUGGCACGACACGCAAGUCAGGACACCAUUUGCCCGGUAUAUCCGUUCUAUCCGGCUCAUCCAACUUCUAAGGCGCCACGACUUAGUAGGUUGUAGGUCUCAGGGGAGGUCUUGCUCUCCGCAUCACGCGAAUUGUCUUUCUAUUUAAGACCGGUAAAUCGAAGUUGCCUGCGAAUCGAUGAUCACUAAAGCAAUUACGCGCCAACCAUGAUUAUCGCUGUGAGGGCAUCUCAGAGGCUUGAUUCGCGGGGGAUUCCAACAGUCCAAGUCGAGGUCGAGACCGAAUUCGGUAUUCACCGGGCCCUAGUACCCUCUGGAGCAUCCACAGGCAAGCAUGAGGCUGUCGAGCUCCGGGACAAAGUUGAUGGCGUCUACGGGGGUAAGGGCGUUGGCAAAGCCGUGAGAAACGUGCAGGAAAUCAUCGGGCCGGCAUUGGUGAAGAGAGGCUUCAACCCACAAACCCAGCUUAGGGACAUUGACCGUUUCGUGCGGGAUCUGGACGGCACGCCCAACAAGGCUAAUCUUGGAGCGAAUGCGAUUCUGGGUGUCAGCAUGGCAUGCGCCAGAGCCGGGGCAGCAAGCUCGGGAAUACCGCUAUACGAAUUCCUUCGAAAAGAAGCAGGUAUCGAAGGUCCUUACGUCAUGCUGGUGCCUUUCCUUAAUGUUCUGAAUGGUGGCGUGCAUUCUGGAAAUACAAUGGCUUUUCAGGAGAUGAUGAUCGCGGCGGUCGGUGCGACUUCCUUUGAAGAAGCCAUGCGCAUGGGCUCUGAAGUCUAUCAUCGCCUCAAACAAGCCAUCCUGGAUAGGUAUGGAGCACCAGCUACUGGAAUCGGCGAUGAGGGCGGCUUCGCUCCGCCGGUCACCUUGCCAGAGCAGGCCUUGGACCUCCUGGCGACUGCCGUGGCAGAUUGUGGUUACAGCGAGCAAGUCAAGUUUGGAAUCGACCCGGCUUCCUCUGAGUUCUUCCGUGGGGAUGGCUCAUAUGACCUUGGGUUCAAGGACAAGUCGCCAAAUAUCCUCUCGCCAGCCGACUUGCAACAAUUGUAUAACCGUCUCCUAGCCGAGUACCCAAUUGUAUUGCUCGAAGAUCCCUUUGCUGAGGACGAUUGGCAUACAUGGGCUGCGUUUAACAAGACGUGCCCGGUGGAGCUUGUUGGAGAUGACUUGCUCGUCACAAACGUUGAGAGGGUUCGCAUGGCUGAUAGCAGGAAGGCAUGCAAUUCGAUGCUCCUAAAGGUGAACCAGAUAGGCACCGUCACGGAAGCAAUUGAAGCAGCAAGCUUUGCAUUCAGUCUCGGAUGGAGCGUGUUUGUCUCCCAUCGAUCGGGAGAGACGACAGACGACUUCAUUGCAGACCUGACAGUCGGACUCAGCACUGGACAUUUGAAGUCGGGUGCUCCGUGCCGCGGUGAGAGGGUCGUCAAGUACAACCGCCUUGUGGACAUCGAGUCUGAGUUGAAGGCAGCGGGCAAGACGUGUUUGUAUGCAGGGGCUCAUUUUCGGUUCCCAUCCGAACUUUCUGUCUAGCCUAUCACGCGAAUACAAACUAUGGCCAAGUCGUCAAAAUAAGCAA